GCCUACAAAGAAACAAGCACAAGAGAUUAGCACAGAGAUGGAGAGGCUGAGCACGAAAUGGGUGGCCACGGUGGCGAGCAUAUGGAUCCAGAGCAGCUGUGGCGCAUCCUACACCUUCAGCGUCUACUCCUCUGUAUUGAAAUCAAGCCAGGGCUACGACCAAUCAACGCUCGACACCGUGUCCGUCUUCAAGGACAUCGGCGCCAACGCCGGUGUUCUCUCAGGCCUCCUCUACUCCUCCGUCACGCUCAACACCCGGCGUGUAUGUGGUGGACCGUGGGUGGUCCACGCGGCGGGGGCGAUCCAGUGCUUCUUGGGGUAUUUUCUCAUGUGGGCGUCCGUCGUUGGAUUGAUCCACCAGCCGGGAGUGCCGUUGAUGUGUCUGUUCAUGUUCCUGGCCGCUCAUUCUCAGACGUUCUUCAACACCGCUAAUGUAGUUAGUAGCUUACAGAACUUUCCUGAUUAUGGUGGGACAAUCGUGGGCAUCAUGAAGGGUUCUCUUGGUAUCAGUGGAGCAAUACUAAUCCAAGUGUACUACGCAUCAUGCAAGGGCAAGCCGAGCACAUACCUUCUGAUGCUUGCUCUGUUGCCCACAUUUGUCUCCCUUAUGCUUAUGUUUUUGGUGAGAAUUUAUAAGGCAACCGCAGAUGAUGACAAGAAGCACUUAAAUGGUUUCUCUGCAGUUGCUCUGGCCAUUGCUGGUUAUCUCAUGGUUAUCAUAAUUCUGGAGAACAUCGUCACUUUGCCAUUAUGGGCACGCAUUUGUACGUUCAUAUUUCUUCUGCUUCUACUUGCAUCGCCUCUUGGGAUUGCAAUCAAGGCCCUGAGGGAGGACUCAAAGAGAUCACCACAAACACAUUCAACUGCUAAGCAAAUCACAUCCCCAAAGCUUUCUACGGCAGAGGAUCCUAUUGAGUAUCAUGAACUGCCGAGUGGUGAGGGCCAAGUCAGGGCUACUUCAGACGACGAAAUGCUUCCGGACGAGGAACACUUGAAUCCCUUGCAAGCCAUGCGUACAGUGAACUUCUGGUUGCUGUUUCUUGCCAUGGUGUGUGGAAUGGGCUCUGGGCUGGCUACAAUUAACAACAUGAGCCAAAUAGGGGAAUCUCUCAGUUACACAACUGUGGAGAUAAAUAACUUGGUUUCCUUAUGGAGUAUAUGGAAUUUUCUAGGCCGUUUCGGAGCUGGAUAUAUUUCAGACUAUUUACUACACACUAGAGGUUGGGCAAGGCCGUUGUUGAUGGUUAUUACUCUAGCCACAAUGGCUGCUGGCCACAUAGUUAUUGCUUCUGGUUUUCCCGGAAAUUUAUACCUAGGUUCAAUCGUAGUAGGAAUUUGUUAUGGUUCACAGUGGUCAUUGAUGCCUACAAUCAGCUCGGAGAUAUUUGGUGUCAGGCACAUGAGUACUAUUUUCAACAUUAUAGCCAUAGCAAAUCCUGUGGGAUCUUAUAUUUACUCUGUAAGAGUGAUUGGGUAUAUUUAUGACGAGGAAGCAUCUGGGGAAGAUGACUCUUGCUAUGGUACUCGCUGCUUUAUGCUAUCUUUUCUGAUCAUGGCAUCUGUGGCUUUUUUGGGUUUCCUCGUUGCUGUUGCAUUGUUCUUUCGGACUAGGAAGUUCUAUCAGCUGGCUGUGCUUAGGAGGUUAAAGCAUUCUUCAAGAUGAUGAGAAGUAAAUAUGCGAGUACAGGGAACAUGUAAUAUAAUUGAUGAGGCCAUAAUCUUUUCAU